CAGCACACUUAUGGAACUCUGCAGGAAGUGGAGAUGAAAAUAGUGGGGAAUAAGGAGUGUGACUGCAGUUUUAUGGACAUAAUCACUCCGACAAUGAUCUGUGCUGAAGGAAACGCUGACGAAGGAACAUGUUAUGGAGAUUCUGGUGGUCCAUUACAGUGUGAGCAGGAUUCUGUCUGGAUCUUAGCUGGCGUCACUAAUCCUUCUUCUUGUGGCACUGGAAUUGCACCUGACAUCUAUGCUAGAGUAUCCAAAUUCCAAAACUGGAUUAUGGAGAAUGUUAAUGGAACAGAUAUCGGCUUUGUGACUUUUACAUCUGAUGGUGAAGACAAGGACAGCAGCUUUCUGUGCAGUGGAAAAGAUAUAGGUCUUUUCUACCCAUUUGGAAAUGAAGACAUAGAGAAUCCCUCUGUAGAUGAUGGAAGCUCUAAUUUAGUAUUAUUGGAAGAGCCCUUUGUAUAUUUUGGACAUGUUUAUCAACAGGUUUAUGUUAAUAACAAUGGCCAUUUGACAUUUGAUGAGCCUCUUUCACAGCCGAUACCCAAUUAUUUACAUUCGCAACUCAACAGAGACAUCAUUGCUGUCUGCUGGACAGACAUGGACAACAGAGUCAAUGGAACAAUCUCCUAUCGUCAGGUCACCAGUGGUAGACUCUUACUAGCAGCUUCAAACUACUUAAACCAGUAUUUUCAAAAUCUGAACUUCACUGCCUCAUGGCUGUUCAUUGCCACUUGGGAUAAAGUGCCGUAUUAUAACAACCCACAAUCGGAGUCGACCUUUCAAGUGGUUUUGGUGUCUGGCCAAAAACAUGUCAUUUAUACUCAUGCAUUAUGGUCAUCUCGCUCCGACCACAUAUCCUGUAGAGGUAAAGUGAAAUGA